AUGUAUAAACUAUCUAUAUUAUUAUUACUUUGUAUUACAUUAAUAGCUUCAAUAUCCGGAGAACCAAGUGUCUCAUAUACUGCCGACACUGCAACAGUGAGUGGAGCUGAUGUGGCCGCCACAACUAGUGCGACAAUCAGUUAUGUGAUCAAGGGUGUGACUUCAUCGGCAAAUAUUGACAAGGUCACUGUAGUUGGCGAUGCUAUUUCUUUCCAAUUCCCCGAGACUCUCUCGAUAAAGGGUACGAUCACUCUACAUCCAAGUGAGCAAACUACCGUUUGGAACCCAACUCCCAUCGUCACGACUGUGUCCCAUCCCGACAUCUCAGGAGGAACGAUCUCCCUGAUUGGCGCGUCACUCAACUCCAAGUACUACGACACUGCCUCUUCGCUGACCUUCCCCAAUGGCGAGACGAUCAAUGAGGUCAGCCAGACAUCCGAGACGACCACUGCCGCAUUCACCCUGCCAUUGGAAGUGUCGACCAAGUACUCUGGCGUCAACAUACCCCUGACUCUCACGGUCCGCGGUAUUAAUGUCACCAUCCAGCUGACAUUCGCGCCACCAGUGAUCACUUCCCAGGCCAACAUAGAAGAUGGAGUGCAGUUGGUUGGUAAGAACUUUGGCUUCAACUCAUCCCUUGCCACUCUGCUCGUCACGCCAGGCGACACACCCGUCAAGAUUGGCAACAUCACCAACACUGCCAUCACCAUCCUCUUUGCCGACAAUGCCUUCCUCUCCACCGCUGGCACCCAGUUGCUCACACUCUCAGUCAAUGGCAACAAGAUGGAGAAGGCCUUCUCAUUGACUAUCAAGACCCAGAUCGUUAGAUACUUCCAGAAGGCUCAAUUGGGCUACAUUGUUACCAACAUACCAUUGAAGCAACAGGGUAAGGCUUUGGUCCAGAACAAUGAGAUUGAUUAUAAUGCUGUGUCAGACUCGGAUGCUGGAAAGAACGUCGUGGCGUUCACUCUGCCAUGGAACUCUGUGCUGGGCAACUCGUCCGUCUACCUGAACAUUGGCGCCGGCUCGAUUGUGACCGACCCCUUCCCCAUCUACAUCCAGCCAUCGAUCACCAACAUCAACCAGUCGAUGCCAGUGUGGGGCGGCUUCGUCCUGAUCAACGGAUUCAUUCUGCCAACUGAUACCAGCACCAAGCGCAGUGUGAUGCUCGGAAACUACUCUUGCGAGAACAUCUACAGCUACAGCGCCAACCAGAUCGCAUGUACCGCGCCACCAGGUGCCUCGAAGGAUCUGCCCGUGGUGGUCACACUCAACGGAAUCAAGAACCUUGAGGCCGAUGCCAUCACCUUUAGCUACGUUGCGCCAAUCAUUGACUCAGUGUAUGUUGCCGAGGCCAACAUAUCGAUCAACGGAUCAAACUUCAAUCUCCCUGCAAACAUCACUGUCAAUGACAUACCCUGUGACUCGCCAUCCGUCACCACCUACGACCAGAUCACAUGUGUGUUCAGCGGUGACCUAACUACCUUGCUCGGCACCGAGGUCACUGUCAAGUUAUCAGUUGGUAACCAAGAGGUCGAUGGAAAGUACACAUUGACAUCAUCAUCGAACAAACUAAUGACAAGUAUCCUGCCUGCAACAGUCGUUAUGUUGCUGCUAUUACUUGUACUCUAG